AUGGUUUGCGCCGGCGCAAGGGCCGUUUCGGUCCUCAAGUUCGUAGGGACUGUUUCCUUGGGACUGCUGACGGGCGUUUCCUACACCGUCUCCAACAUCACCCUCCCCAAUCUCCUACGCCUUCCGUCAUCGUCAUCCGCCUCACAGGCCAUCAACUCCCUCACCACGAGUCUCAAGACGCCCCUCCUCACACUUACAUCCCUCGCCUCGGCACCUCUAUUCCUCGCCUUCAUCCUAUCGCCUCGUCGCUCUCGCCACCCAUACCUCCUGUAUACAUCUGCCCUCGCAGUUCUCUCGACCGUUGUCCCACGUCUCUUGCCACAGGCUGCACCUCGUCCUGCCCAGCAGCAACAUGUCCGGAAACCUUCCCCGCGUGCUAGGAUGGAAGCCAGCUACGAGGUCUUGGGCGAUGUGCAUAGUGAACCGGCCAGCGAGGAGGACAUCGAGGAUAUCAACGGGGAGGAAGUGAGGGCCGAGGUGGAGAGUCUUGCCAAGGGGUACUUUGCGCGCACUGGCCUUGCUGCUCUUGGAUUUGCCAUGGCUGUUGUUGGCCUUUGGGGGGAUGGAGCGCCCAAGGCGGCUGUUUAUGUCGCCUGA